AAUGGAUUUUGUGUUGAACCUCAUACAUUAAUCUUAAACAAUUCCCUUCAGACAAGGAGUUAAAUUUAAUAACUACAAUUUAGUCUGCAUGUAAAUAGAGUGAGUUAUAAAUAGAAUCUCUGUAUGUGCAUACAUUUUAGCAUUGCUAAUAAAUGGCACAAUUGGUGUAAAGACAGCCAAAUCUACAAGUGAUAGUUAUAAAUUAGUAGUAACACCUCCUUCUUGGGCAUUUUCAAUAUGGGGAGUCAUUUUUAGUAAUUAUUGAUUAUUAAUUAUUAAAGGCACUACAUUAGUAGCAUUAUUAUGGAGUAUUCAUUCAGUAUCUUGGAGUUUAGAAACUCACUUAUAUUUUUGGCUUUAUUGUUUCACAAUUUCAGUUUGGAUAUUACUUUGGUCUAUUGUUAGCAAAAUAACAAUACUUUUAUGUAAAAUUGUGCUAAUUUUAUUAACAAUUGUAUUAAUAAACCAAUAAAAUCAAGAAUAUAUAUCUAUUAUGGAAGAGUACAUUAGUUCUAGAGAAUGAUGAUUGGUCAAUAUAUUUAAUGAGAGGAGCAAUAGCAUUUUAAUUGGGAUGGGCUUCAAGUGCAUAAUGUUUGAACUUCUGCAUUUGUUUAGUACAUGUUUUUGGUGUCACUCAAGAUAUGAUAUCUAAAUUAAUUUGGAUAUGUAUAGUGAUAGCUCACUCUAUCUAUUUGGGCUUAGCUUAUUGUCAUUCGAAAUAAUGUAGAUUUAAUAUAAAUAUAUAACUUUAGACAACAAAAAUAUGCUAUUAAAUUUUGGAGCCUACUUAUUGAGUAUGUCAUGGGCAAUAAUGGGAGUAGCAAUUUCGUACAAUAAAUACAGUUCUGGGAAAGCAAUUAACAAAUUAAAAUGAGU